CUCCCCAAUCCGCGCUCCCUCCUUCCCGCACGAGGUGUUGAGCAAUAAUUCCAAGGAAUUUUCUCACCCUCCAGCGGUGUCUCCGCGUCCUGGCCUAGCCGUGGGUGCCGUGUCCCCGUCCUCCCGCGGUUGCCCGGUUUGGGGCUCCCCCCGUGCCACGGCCAUGCCAGCCCCGACGGGGAGCCCGGAGAUCCGGGCUGCGGAGCGUCUCACCUUCAGCCUCUGGGACUACGGAGUCUUCGGGCUGAUGCUGCUCAUCUCCACGGGCAUCGGGCUCUUCCACGGCCUCGCCAGGGGCGGCCAGAAGACCUCGGAGGACUUUUUCACGGGGGGCCGGCGCAUGUCGGCGCUGCCCGUGGGGCUCUCGCUCUCCGCCAGCUUCAUGUCGGCCAUCCAGGUGCUGGGAGUGCCGGCGGAGGCGUUCCGGUACGGCGCCAAAUUCCUCUGGAUGUGCAUGGCACAGCUCAUCAACUCCCUGCUCACCGCCCAGCUCUUCCUGCCCGUCUUCUACCGCCUGGGGCUCACCAGCACCUACGAGUACCUGGAGCGGCGGUUCAGCAGGAGCGUCCGGCUGUGCGGGACCCUGCAGUACGUGGUGGCCACGAUGCUCUACACAGGGAUCGUCAUCUACGCCCCCGCCCUGAUCCUCAACCAAGUGACCGGGCUGGACAUCUGGGCCUCCCUGCUCUCCACCGGGGUCAUCUGCACCUUCUACACCACCAUCGGUGGGAUGAAGGCUGUCAUCUGGACCGACGUCUUCCAGGUCUUUGUCAUGCUCUCGGGCUUCAUCGCCAUUGUCAUCCGGGGGUCUCUGCUGGUGGGGGGUCCUGCCAAGGUGCUGGGCAUCGCUGCCAACAACUCCAGGAUAAACUUUGGAGACUUCAACCCAGACCCGCGGAGCCGGUACACGGUGUGGACCUUCCUGCUGGGCGGGACCCUGGUCUGGCUCUCCAUGUACGGCGUCAACCAGGCCCAAGUGCAGCGCUACGUGGCCUGCAGGACCGAGAGGGAGGCCAAGAUGGCGCUGCUGGUGAAUCAAGUGGGGCUGUUCUGCAUCGUCUCCAGCGCGGUCGCCUGUGGCCUCGUCAUGUUUGCCCUCUACAAGGACUGUGACCCCCUCCUGGCUGGCGCCAUCGCUGCCCCCGACCAGUACAUGCCCUACCUGGUCCUGGACAUCUUCGAGACCACCCCGGGGGUGCCGGGGCUGUUCCUGGCCUGUGCCUACAGCGGGACCCUCAGCACGGCCUCCACCUCCAUCAACGCCAUGGCCGCCGUCACCGUGGAGGAUUUCGUGAAGCCGCGGCUGCCCUCGCUGUCCCCCAGGAAGCUCACGCUCAUCUCCAAGGGGCUCUCUCUCACCUACGGCACCUCGUGCAUCACGGUGGCAGCUCUGUCCUCUCUGCUGGGGGGGGGCGUCCUGCAGGGUGUCCUGGGGGGCCUGGCCGCCGGCUUUGCCCUGUCCCUCUGGGUGGCCAUGGGGGCCACCCUGUACCCCCCCAGCGCGGCCACCAUGGGGGUCCUGCCCAGCUUCGGGACCCUCUGCCCCCCCCACAACGGCACCGGCGCCAACGGCACCACCCUGCCCGCGCCCCUCGGCCCCCCCGGGGACCCCCCGGAGCCCACACGCGCUUUCCCUGUCCCGUGUCACACCGCUGUCCCCAUGUCCCCCCACAGACCGACCAUCCUGGGUGACUUCUACUCCAUGUCCUACCUGUACUACGGGGCGCUGGGGACCCUCAGCACGGUGGGGGUGGGGGUCCUGCUCAGCUCCCUGCCAGGGCCCACCCGGCAGAGGCGGCAGCCCCCGGGGGUGCUGUGGUGGGACAUCGUGAGGAACUCGCCCUCGGGGUUCCCCCCGGGGGGCAGGAGCCCCGGGGACGAGCCCCUGGACAAGGCUGGAGCUUCCCGGGUGCUGCCGGAGAGGUUGGAGGGAGAGGGGAGCCCCUCCUGGGACCCCCCCGAACCCGGAGCCGCCACGGAGCUGCUGGUGCAGGAGACCCACGUGUAG